AUGAGACUUCGCUGUCUGCUAGCCCUUCUACCGCUCACCGCCGUACUCGCUUCGAGUCCACCCGUCCAGGUCGAAUUGCGCACGUCAUGGGCACCUCCGCCGUUCCUCGUUGAGCUACUAGAGACCAUCGCCAUAGAAGACCCCGAAUCCUAUUUUCCUCUGCUCGACCGCUUCACGCACCCGGAGUGGUCCCCGCUCGCUCAGGACCAAGCUCACGAAAAUGUGUAUCGCAACGCGCUCGAAACCGCCUUAGCUGCAGGAUAUCUGGCUGAACCAGGCGAACUCGCGGCUAUGGAAGCCACCUUUGCACUACAUUCGUCGACGCCGAGACUCGAGGCAGCCUACCAGUUUUAUUCGGACAACCAAGCUGGACGUGGCGCAGACUGCGGGUCCUGGGUGGACUGGUACGGAGACGUUGUGUGCAGCGUGGAGGAUCUUCAAAGACUGGCGGGAAUCAAGGCAAUAGAAGCUGGGGAAGUGGCUGCACGGAAUGGUUCUGCCUCUGACGUUAAAGUCUUACCGUUUGAUCAUAUUCGACCUUCACCUGAUCUUACUCUCGAUCGGCCCCCGCAAACGGCGGUCCUGUAUGCUACCCUGACUUCGUCGAACUUCCGCAAUCUUCACUCUUUCCUCUACGCUGCGUCAGCUGGUCCUAGACCACAUAUACAGUACAUCUUACGGCACAUUCCGCCAACGGGACAUGCCUCUGACAGAGAGCGAGCGUACCUCUCAGGCUACGGUGUCGCACUCGACCUAAAGAAGAUGGACUACCUCGCCAUGGAUGACCGCAGACAGAGCUCAGCGGACGAUUCCGAUGCCUCGGACGACGCCCUCAGUGCACCCGGAGAAGCUGACGUCGUUGCCGCACUGCUGCAGCAAUACCCCGAGGACGCCGACACGGACUACACCAUCCCUCUCACCUCGGACGAGCUCUCCAACAUCGGUCUACAGGCCACACAGCUCAUUGCUGACGCUUCAGACCCACUUGCGACACUCAAGCAGCUCUCGCAGAACUUCCCCAAGUACGCGAGUUCCAUCGCUCGCCGUGUCGUCGUUAGCGACACACUCGAGGACGAGAUCACGCUCAAGAACACCAGGGCCCCGGCCGGUGCGAGCAUGGCCUGGCUCAACGGUUCGCCGCUCACGGAGGGCGAUAUGAACCCGCUGUCGCUGCUGCGCCUCCUGCGCAAGGAACGCGCGGUCAUGCGCCAGCUCGCCGCGCUCGGGCUCAACACGACGCAGUCGCUCGACGUGCUCACGCACCGCGCCGUCGGCGCCGCGCAGGCCGACACGGGCGCGCUCGACGCGCUCUUCGACGCGAGCGACCGCCCCGAGGGCGGCGCGGCCAUCGUCUGGUGCAACGACCUCGAGCAGGACGCGCGGUAUGCGCGCUGGCCCGACAGGCUCAGCACGCUGCGCGGCGUCAUGCUCUACCCCGGCCAGCUCCCAAGCCUGCGCCUUCACCUCUACAACAUCGCCCUCGUCCUCGACCUGAGCCAGCCCGCCGGACUCGGCUUCAUUACCAAUGCUGUUGUGUCUCUCAUCUCGCGCGGUAUUCCCUUCCGGUUCGGCAUUGUGCCCAGUGUGGAGACAGAGGAGAGCUUGAAGAUGGCAAGACUAACUUACUGGCUAUUUGAGAACAUCGGACAAGAUAAAGCAUUGAACUUCAUUGCCCGCCUGGCGCGCCUCCAACUUGGGAACCCCUUUGCCGAGCCGACGUUCGACUGGUCGCUCGUUACCUCCGAAUUCACAGACCUGCUCGCCAGGACCGAAGGUCUUUCCGCCUCACUCGCCUCCAUUUUUGACGGAGAAGACGAAGAGAUGGAGCACAAGGUCGCGGCCGCACGUGCGUACGCGGCGCGCCUCGCCGCGGAUCUGACUAGUGCGCCGCGCGGCCAUGUGUUCAUGAACGGCAAGCAUUUCGAUCUCGACGAUGACAUCAUGCGCAACAUGCAGUUCAUGGGCACUCAGAUGUUCCAACACCUACAGGAACAGCUGCUCGCCGGUGCUUUGACGGAUGACGACGCCGAACACAUCGCGACAUACUUCUACGACCUGCCCACCACCGCUGCGCGCCGCAAUCGGUAUAUCUACCCGAGUGGCAAGAACAGCGAGCUCGUCUUGAACGUCCCCGAGCUGCUCGCCAAGGCAAGCUUUUCGAGCGGCCAAGACGCGUUCGUGUACCCGCCGGGCGAGGCUCAGGUUUCACUUACGACGCUUAUCAUUGCGGAUCUCGAUUCCGAAGAGGGGCUUGCGCUCGCCAAGGAGGCGCUGAUGGCUAUGGAAGAGGAUAGUCCUGCGCGUGUAUCGUUCGUGCACAAUCCCUCCAACUCCACCGCUCGAGCAUCAACCUCGGCUUUCCUGGGCCAUCUCGGCGAGCAGGUCGUCCUCUCGGCCGGUGGGGGAAUUGACGAAAUCCUGGAUGGCGCGUCUCUGGCCGCUCUGGACGACGAUCCUUUCGUGCGUGCGAGCCGAUUUUUGCUUCGAGAGCUCAAGCUCGCGCCCGGCGCGCAGGCUGUGGUAGUGAACGGCCGGGUUGUUGGCCCUUUUGUUCCAGGCGGCAUCGUUGCCGAAGACCUGCACGCCUUAUAUAUGUACGAACAGCACAAGCGCGUCGGGCCCGUUGUCGAGGCACUCGAGGAGGUGGCCGACCUCGAGCGCCUAAGUAGAAAGGGUGCAGCCGAGCUCAUCGCUCGCGCGGCAUCCCUCAUCUCUAGCAUUCAUCAGCCGGACCCAAGCGAGGUCGGCUUGUUCAACGCCCCGGUUCGGCCACGCAAGAGAAGCUACCAGCUACUUGGUGGCGAGCAUACGAAGUAUGAGUUCGGUGACAACGCAACCGCAAUAUUCCACGUCGGCAUCCUCUUGGAUCCCAUAAGCGAUACCGCACAGAAGUGGUCAGCACUGCUUGAGUGGCUGUUGAAUGACCCAGCCGUUUUCGUUGAACUGCACAUCAACCCGUGGCGCUAUACAGAGCUCCCCCUGAAGCGGUUUUACCGCUACAACGUGCAGCCGGCGCUUCGCUUUUCGGAUGCCGGAGAUGAGACUAAGUCACUGGUCUCCUUCAACGGCCUUCCCGAGGACCCGAUUUAUACUCUAGCGAUGGACAUACCGCCGUCCUGGUUUGUUCGCCCUCGCGAGGCGACGUACGACCUCGACAAUAUUCUCUUGAGCGGCCUUGGCAAGCACGAGCGCGCACAGGGUGUCUACGCGCUCUUCGAGCUUGACUACCUUGUCAUUGAGGGCCAUGCGCGUGAAGAUGGGACACUCACUCCGCCACGGGGCCUGCAGCUGCAGCUCAUCAACGGAGAGGGCAACGCUAUCGCAGAUACACUCGUCGUCGCCAACCUCGGCUACCUGCAGUUCCGCGCGAAGCCCGGUGUCUUUGGGCUCGAGAUACGACCCGGUCGAGGCAGAGAGAUCUUCGAACUCGAGAGUGCCGGGAGCGAAGGGUGGAACUCGCCUACAGCUGACCAGGCCGGAAACGAGAUCACGUUGAUGAGCUUCGAAGGUUUGACGUUGUAUCCGCGCAUGAGACGCUCGCCCGGUAUGGAGCUUGUGGACGUGCUGGCGCCGCCGAGGCUGGACGAACAAGAUGGGACGAUUGUGGACAAAUUGAAGCAUGGAAUCACGUCCCUGUUUAAAUCGAAGCCCGAAGAACGGACUGAAGCCGCUGAACCGGCAACGCAGCAGGCGGAGAUCAACAUCUUCACAGUUGCUUCUGGCCUUCUUUACGAACGUUUCGCAUCAAUCAUGAUCCUUAGUGUGCUUCGCAACACGAAUAGUUCCGUCAAGUUUUGGUUCAUAGAGAACUUCCUCUCGCCCUCCUUCCUCGAGUUCAUUCCGCACUUCGCGGAGGCGUACAAUUUCCAGUACGAGCUCGUAACCUACAAGUGGCCGUCGUGGCUCCGUCAGCAGAAGGAGAAGCAACGUAUCAUCUGGGCGUACAAAAUCCUCUUCUUGGACGUCCUCUUCCCUAUGGAUUUGAAGAAGGUCAUCUUCGUCGACGCAGACCAGAUCGUGCGCGCAGAUCUCAAGGAGCUCGUGGAUCUCAAUUUGCACGGCGCACCGUAUGGAUACACGCCCAUGGGCAACGACAACGAAGAGAUGGAGGGAUUCCGGUUCUGGAAGACCGGAUACUGGAAGGAACACUUGGAAGACUUGCCGUAUCACAUCAGCGCGUUGUAUGUGGUUGACUUGGUUCGGUUCCGUCAGCUGGCAGCUGGGGACAUCCUUCGUGCCCAUUAUCAACAGCUUUCGGCUGACCCGAACUCGCUCGCCAACCUCGAUCAAGACCUACCAAACAACUUACAGCGCGAAGUUCCGAUUUUCUCGCUACCAGAAGAUUGGUUGUGGUGCGAGACGUGGUGUACCAAAGAUAGGCUACACCGCGCGAAGACGAUUGAUCUCUGUCAGAAUCCGCUCACGAAAGAGCCCAAGCUUGCACGCGCAAAGCACAUUCCCGAAUGGGAAGAGUAUGACGGAGAGAUUUCUCGCUUUGCUCGUCAGCUCGCCGAGAACGGGCUUAUCCAUUCCGGGAUGGCAGACGCGGACGCGACAAUUCUUGCAGACGUCGGAGCUGGGAAAGUGGCAACCGAAAACAAGCAGGGGACAGGUAGUGCGGGCGAUGACGCAGAAACGCUUCACCGUCAGAAAGACGAGCUGUAG